GUAUCUAAUGUUAAGUAUCUGAGUGGAUUAUUGUACUGUGGUUAAGUAGGAGAAUGUCCUUGUUAAGAUCCAGAUGCUGAAAGAUUUAGGGGUGAAAUGUCACAGUAUCUGCAAUGCUCAGGCAAACUGUAUAAGGACUAAAAUUGUGUACUUGGUUGAAGGAUUCUGUAUCAACAUCUAGUCAACACUGUCCACAGACUGGGCAGAACAAGCCAAGUUUUCCCCUGGAUAGUUGAAGAGAAGCACACAGCUGGACGGACACUCACCUCCCUGCGUGCCACGUGGAGCCCUGAGAGUUCUACGAUGGCCACACCCCAAUGGCGAGUGAAGACGAGGCUGCGGUCUCACCUUUGUUAGAGGAACGAACGAACACACACACACACACACACACACACACGAGCACGCACGCUCUGCAUCCUUUCUGGCAGCGCUGCUUACGGAUGAUGGCGAGGCUACGCCUUCCAUCUCCAAACGCAACGGAACCUCGUUACGUGCUUGCCAGAUACACUUUACGGCCGUCACGUGAAGACGGAAGGGCGUGGCCGCACCUCCUGCACUUAAAGGCACGUGCGACAGAGGCAUGCGCUGUGUGGAGCACUUUAUGGCAGCCACGCGAAGGCGCGAGGCCAGUGGCCGAUGCUGCGUGGGGCGGGGUCUGCGUCCACGUCUUUGGAGGCUGGCUGUUAUUCCGUUGGUGCUCCCACCGCUCGGCGAUCAUGGCGACGGUGGCAGCACUGUGGCGGAGGGCGAGGGACUACAUGAAGACCAAGGAGUUCCGGGAAUACCUGACCAGCGUGCACUUCUGGGGUCCUGUGGCCAACUGGGGCCUGCCGCUGGCCGCCUUUACGGAUAUGAGGGCACCGCCCGACAUCAUCAGUGGCCGCAUGACGACGGCGCUCAUCUUCUACUCGAUGGCCUUCAUGCGCUUCGCCUAUCGCGUACAGCCUCGAAACUUGCUGCUGUUGGCGUGCCACACCACCAACGUCAUGGCGCAGAGUGUGCAGGCGGGCCGCUUCGUAAUCCACCACUACGGUGGCACCGCCACCACCACCGCUGCCACCACCACCACCAACGACCCCACCAUGGUUCCCACCGGCGACCGUGUGUGUGCUAGCCACUUUGAGGAUGACAACUCCUGCUAGGCAGCCGCCAGCUCCAACCCGUCGUCCUCCAAACCUGGCUGAGCGGGCCCGAUUGAGUUUUUGCAGCUUGCAAGCACUGAACUGUUACUCUUCCUGAAGAAAAGGCCAGUGAAAAGUUUGGUUUUGACUCAAAUAAAACAGUUCGAAUCUGA